GGACAAGUGGUGAACUGAACAGCGCCAGGCAGUGGGACGCAUAGUCACAGGUCCUCACAUUAUCAGCUCCCCUUGCUGUACAUUUUUGCACAGCUUCAGCCGUCACACGAGUGAUCAGACAACAAUCAGGGUGUGAGUUAUGGAUGAAGAUGAUGAUUUUGGAGAGUUUGGUGGCUUUGAGGCAACAGAGCCCACUGUCUCUGGGGUGGCUGCCCCCAUCGCUGCUAGUACAUCCCCAUGGGCUGUGUUCACAUCAGCUCCUGUUGACACAAACACUGGGGUUGGGCUAACAGGACAGACGACUGAUACUAAUGCUUCGCACUUAGAGCAGCCAGUCUCCAGGUCAGAGACUGUGCAGCCCAAUGCCUCAGGGAAUGCAGAGUUACCUCCCCUCAGUAGCGUGCUACAGGCCAUGGAGAGCCCAAUUGUGAAGGAUGGACUACAGCUGACAGCUCAGGAGGCAGAGACUAAAAAGCCGGGUGAUGAUUGGCUAGAAAGUCUCAAAUUUCCAUCUCUGAAGGAUGAAUCCGAUGACCAAUCAAAUUUAUCAGAAGCAAAAAGUGCUGAUCCAUCUGUUGAGUUUUACAAACAGCAGAUCCAGUCAAGCAAGGAGGAGAAAUAUAAACUGGAGAAGGAGCUACAAAGUGUGUGUGCCAAACAGCUGACUGUCGAUUCAGAUCUGGCAGCUUGCCAAAAGGAGUUGGAAGAACAAAAAGAAAAAUAUGAAGAACUUCAGAAAAGGCAUAUGUCUGAAUUGGAAGCGAUGAGGAAAGCAGGGAUGGAUGCAUUAGCUGUGAUAGUAGAAGAGUACAAGGAGCUGUGUAAAGUGAGCGUGAUAGAACAGAAGGAGGCAUGUGAAAGACUGGUUAAAGACAAACUACAGGUGUUAACUGACCAGUGUCAGCAGUUACUAGAGGAUCAGCAUUCCAGGUUACAGACGUCUUUAGAAGAAGACAGAUUAAAGCAGGAAUCUGUGUUAGCAGAAGCUUUGUCCAAUCAGCAGGCAGCUCAGCAGUCUAGAUUUGAUACAGCCAUUGAAGAAGAAAAGAAGUCUCUGAGAGAAGUCGUGUCUACAGCCAUUGAGGAGAUAAAGGAGUCUAAUGAGAAAGUGUUGAUGGCAUCCAUAGAACGCUUGAGGUCCGAGGGCAAGACGAUAUCAGGAGAACAAAAGGCUUUGUUAGCAGAAACCAUGGAGGAGAGGUUUGGAGGGAUGAAGAUGGCUGUACUUGAUGACCUUGCUGUGAAACAAAAAGAAUCUGAGGCAACAUUACGGAAGGUUAUGGAUGCAGAUAGUCAGAAGUCUAGAGAUAUAAUAAGAGAAACUGCUGAGAAAACAAAAGCUGAGAUGAUGGAUUAUAUUCAAGAUCAAAAACGGGCUGAUGUAGCUGUCAGGAGCAGACAACUCUCCAGUCUACAGCUGUUCUUGGAAAGUGCCAAAGCUCAAGUUUCUGGCCUUCUCAGUGAGAUUCAGGCUGACCACACCACACAAAACCCUCAUUGACCCUCAAUCUUCCCCACUGAUCACACCACACAAAGUACUCCUUAUUGACCCCCACCAAUGCUCUAAAUCUUCCCUACUGACAACACCACGCAAAAUCAACCUUUUUACCACACUUCUCCACAGCCACACACUUUCAUUUUGUCCGUUUACCACACUCCUGCCCUCCACAGCCACACACUUUCAUUUUGUCCGUUUACCACACUCCGCCACAUCCACACACUUUCAUUUUGUCUGUUUACCACAUUCCUCCACAGCCACACACUUUCAUUUUGUCCGUUUACCACACUCCGCCACAGCCAAACACUUUCAUUUUGUGCGUUUACCACACUCCUCCACAGCCACAUGCUUUUCUCCUGCCUGUCCAUUACACUCCUCCACAGCCACACACUUUCCUCCUGUGUACCCACCACACUCCUCCACAGCCACACACUUUCCUCCUGUGUACCCACCACACUCCUCCACAGCCACACACUUU